AUGAAAGGGACGAAUCCCAUCACGCAGGGCCAUCGCUGGCAGAAACGCGUGAAGCAGCGCCUGAAGAAGCAGCAGCUCGAGGAGGGCCAGUGGGAGCAGCUCGAGGACAAGAAGUGGGAGGAGGUCCGCGCGCAGAAGCAACGCGAAGAAACAGCGGCGGCGGCCGAGGCCGAUUUAGACCCGGGCGCGCGGGCCAUCUUCGCGGCGGCCGACGCGGGCACCGACUUACGAGACGAGGAGGGACUCGACGCGGAGGAACUCGCGGCGGUACGUGCGGUGAAGGCGGCGAAGGCGGCGGCGCAGGCGAGGCUUCAGCGUGUGCAGCGAGAGGGCGAACAAUCGGAGGAGAGCGACGCACUUCCCAAGAAGCGCAAGAAGCCACAUCAGCUCCCCGCCCCGGCUUCUGCCAACCCCUUCGCGGCACUGGUUCGCUCGCGACCCGACCCGCGCGAGGCAGACAUCGCGCCGGCGCCAACCGCGACGCCCCCGCCGCCCCCGGCCGAACCCGCGCACAACCCGGAGCCGCGCAAGUACCGCGCGGGGCUGGCGGCCGAAAUCGCCAAGAAGCGAGCCAUCGGCGUGGCGGGCGUGACGGGUGGCAGCCAGAAGAAGCUCAAGAAGCUCCUCAAGAAGAAACGCGCCGCGGGGCUGGCCUGA